AUGCCGGCGCGUGUGCGCGUGACAGGGUCUUCCGCCGGCUUUGUGGUCGCCGGCUGGUGGCGGUCUCUGACCGUGCCAGGAGGCAUUCACGCGCUGCAGGCGCCCCCGGCCGCCGCUGUUCCGGCGACGCCCAGUCCUCCGCCGCAGGACACAGGCGCUGCGCUCAGAGCGCCGCCCAACGCCGCCGCCCUCAACUGGUGGGGCCUGCUCUGCAUCCCGCUGGUGCUGAUGACGUCUGCCGGCAACAUCCUGGUGUGCGUCGCCAUCACGGGCGAGCGGCGGCUGCAGAACAUGACCAACUACUUCCUGAUGAGCCUGGCCAUCACCGACCUGAUGGUGGCCGUGCUGGUGAUGCCCCUGGGCAUCGUCGUGCUCGUCCUCGGCUACUUCCCGCUGCCGCCCAUCUACUGCAUGCUCUGGACGCUGCUGGACGUGCUCUUCUGCACGGCCUCCAUCAUGCACCUCUGCACGCUCUCCGUGGACCGCUUCUUCAGUCUCAGCUUCCCGAUGCGCUUCGGCCGGCAUAAGACACGGCGGCGGGUGCUGCUCAAGCUGGUGCCCGUCUGGCUCCUCUCGGUCUGCCAGAGUGUGCCACUCUGCCUGAUAUACGCGCGCGAUCACCGUGCCGUGCUGGUCGACGGCGUGUGCGGCGUUCCCGAGCCGCUAUUCCAGCUGGUCGGCAGCGUCGUCUGCUUCUACAUCCCGCUGCUGGUCAUGCUGGUGACGUACGCGCUGACUGUGCGCAUGCUGAACCGUAAGCAGGUCGAGUUGGGCUCGCCGCGGACAGUGGCCGCGACAUCGGCGGUGCGGCCGCUCAGUCGACUGUGGUGGCGCUCGCUGCUCGACCGACUCAACCCCAAGUGCGCCAUGGAGGAGAUUGAGUGCACUGACUUCAGCGUGUGCGCCACCAGCACGUCAGCGUACGCGUCGCUGGCGCUGGCGCACGGCCGGCGCACGAUGGUGCGCCGCGUCGCGGACGACGACGGCUACGGCACAUUCGCUGUGACCGGCGCGCGGCCCAGCCUGCGCGCCGAGCAGAAGGCGACCAAGGUGCUCGGCAUCAUCUUCUUCACGUUCGUGCUGCUGUGGUCGCCCUUCUUCAUUAUCAACAUGCUGCUUCCGCUGUGCGCGCGGUGCCGCCACGCCAUCACCGUGGACGUCAUCAACUUCGUGACGUGGCUAGGCUACAUCAGCAGUCUGGUUAACCCAAUAUUCUACACGCUGUUCAACAAGACAUUCCGCAAUGCCUUCCUGCGCAUACUGAAAUGCCGGCGAAGAUAGCUUCACGGGCAUCACGCAAGAUCGUACAAGACGAGCCAAGGCGACUCGAGGCGAGCCAAGACGAGCCAAGGCAAGGUGCCUCAGCGGGCUCCUUGCCUCGGUCUCAUCAUAUUUCCAUCUGCCAAUGUCUGGUGGACUCGUGUCCCAGCUAUGCUGAUCACCUUGGCCGUAAGCACGUCUUCCUAAGGGGAGAUACGAAGUCUUGCUUACGGCUGAAGAUAGAGAUGCAUAGCUGUUGACUACCAUGCCACCAUUUUCAGGUGCCGAGCAGCAGUUCAAAGGGGCGUGGGAUAGGUGACCUCAAAAAGGAUUAUCUGACGUGAACACGUUUGCAUUUGCCUGGCCUGUAUAGGAAAUGAGGAAUUACAAGAUCUCAAUCGAGUAAAAAGUUUUCGGACCACCUGAGAGCUAAGCUAGUGAUUCGAAAUAAUGAAAACCAACAUAAUUGUUUAUAUAACGGCAAUCAACUGCUGCACAAUUCGGUUACCUGUAUGUUAAAGAAACCCAAUGUUUGGAGCUUACAAAGUCUGGUACAGAAUAUCUGUCAUCACUUAAAACGCCUUUUGCGAGCUAAAGUUCAAAGACUUGAACUAAAGUUCAAAGACUUAAUUAAUCAAGUCGCAUCUGUCUGUCCAUGUGUACUACAUCAGCUGCUCAGUCCAUCUGGUGCGCAAAGGUUAAGAGCAAUCGUACGCAACGUCUCUAGGAUAGUUCUCGCUAGCUUCGUCGAUGUAGCGUUCUCCCCCAGCAUACAAGGGUGCCUGGUAUUAACCUCUACCAAUUUCAUAACCGUUAGAAAAAGGGCAACUGUGCAAUAACUUUGUCUGACAUUUACCUUGAGAUGUCUAUCAUUUUUUGUUCGCGGUUGACCUGCCAGGCAGGUUUAAAUGGGAUCGGAGUACAUUUGCUGACUCGUAGCUUGCCACAUGUCCGUAGCGCAAUGCUGACAAAAAUCAAAGCAUACCGCUGCAUAUGUUUAAGUGGUAACGUAAGAUCACAGGAGGUCAUAACAUUUUCCAUGACCUUUACGUUGCACGAUUUUGCAUUGAAAAUGUUCGUGUAAUACAAUGACUAUAUGAUAUUGGUUCGCUAUUGUCACCAGAGGACAGUUUAAUAAUGCUUGCUGAAAAAUCAGUUUGGUGACGUGGGAACGGGACACCCCCUAACAGGCCCUUUUCUGUUCUGACAUUACUGAAACAAUGUUCAUCUCCUCAGUGUUCAAUCAACAACGGUGGUGCUUCCCAACGCCGCGUGCACCGAAGUCAAGGCUCGUCUUAUUUGAUGGAAAUUUAUGCCGUUCGGGGGGUCGAAUGCAGCAAAACAAGUUGUGUUACGCUCUAAACUCCCUAAUUGUUCCAAGCUACCGACAUUUUUUCACUCUUUGCUGUUAUUUUGUUAAUAAAUUGUGUAACUGCUGUAACAAUUCCUUUUGCAAGGUCUACAAAGAAUGUUACUAGAAUGAAACGUCUUGAACAGCUAAAAUCGCACAUACAGGUCAAGUUUAGCAAUAUUUGGUUGGUUAUAUCCCUUAGUUAGAAACUCGUCAAAAUAAUACAACUAACAAAUACUAAAUAUUACUCUCCAUCACCCUGGGUAUUAGUGUUAUACGCAUACCACACAUACUACGGCUUUUGUGCUCCGACAACUGACGCCUGCC